UCUAUGUACAGGUCUUGACUCUAUAUUGACUCCAUGGCUGCAGCCCCCGUGACGCCCGCCACCAAUAGCAGCCCACCGACGGGAUCACUGCCAUCGGCUCUCCCAUUAAAGGGCCGAGUAGCUAUAGUAACUGGGUCGUCUCGUGGGAUUGGCCGCGAAAUAGCCACCCACCUGGCUGAGCUUGGGGCUAAACUCGUUAUCAACUACACCUCCAACUCGGCCCAAGCCGAUAACGUGACGGCCGAGAUCAAUUCUCGCUAUUCUGAUGACAGCCCCCGAGCAGUCUCUGUCCGUGCCGAUGUCUCCGACCCUGUCCAGGUUAAGUUUCUCUUCGACUCCGCCGAGCGCGCCUUUGGCUCUCCGAUUCACGUUCUGGUUAACUCCGCUGGGAUUGUGGAUUCUAAGUAUCCCAAAGUAGCCGAUACUUCUGUGGAGGACUUCGAUUGGAUUUUCAGUGUGAAUACAAGAGGGUCGUUCUUAUGCUGCAAGGAGGCAGCGAACCGUCUAAAACGCGGCGGUGGUGGGCGGAUUAUAUUGUUAUCAUCGGCCAUGGUUGGGGAGUUGAAGCCUGGGUUUGGGGCAUACGCAGCAUCAAAGGCUGCAGUGGAGACAAUGGUGAAAAUCCUGGCAAAGGAGCUCAAGGGGACCGCCAUUACUGCCAACUGUGUAGCGCCGGGGCCAAUUGCAACGGAAAUGUUCUUUGGCGGAAGGACUGAGGAGAUGGUGCAGAAAGCAAUCGACGAGAUUCCACUUGGCCGGCUUGGUGAGACCAAGGAUGUGGCUCCCUUUGUUGGGUUCUUGGCUACUGAUGCCAGUGAGUGGAUCAAUGGUCAGGUUAUUCGUGUUACUGGGGGCACCUGUUGAGUGAAGACUGUUUCAUCCUUCCAAACACAUUAAGGUGAUUAAAUUUCAUAGCUUGCAUUGCUUAAAACUUUGAUUCUUGAUAUUGCAGGUUGGUGAUCCUUCUCAUCUGUAACCAUAUAGAAUUCGUUUUUGUUACUGCGUCGUUGCCUUGCCUGUUCUAUAAUUU